AUGGCUGCGACGUCUCUCGUCGACGCGUUAAAGUCCGCCGCUCUUCGCAUUCUCGACUCCGCGUCUCCCGCCGUGCUGGCCAGCGCAGGGCUAUCCAAUCACACCAGCGACGCCAGCUCAUCCUGGUCUGCACCCGCCUCUCUCCAUCGCGCCACGUCAGCUCUCUGGUCGUCUGCCAUCAACCGAACCGGUGCAGGAAACGCGGGAUCAGGGAGAGCGGACAUAGAUGCACAGAGUCGCGCAUUGCUUGGACAGCUGACACCAAUCCAUCUACCCCAAUCUCCACCUAUCUCCAUCCCGUCUCCGCCCUGUCUGUCCGCUCUCUCGGUGUGCGCGCAGCGCUACCGGCGGCCAUGGCUGGACGCGUUCAUGUCGUUCAUGGCCAUGGCGGUCUCCGUGGAGUUCUACACCGCCUUCCUCCCCGUCCUCUUCUGGUCUGGCAGGCCGUAUCUCGCGUCGCUGGCCGUCUUGCUGCUCGCUCUCUGCACAUACGCGGGGAACGCACUCAAGGACGUGGUGGCAGCGCCGCGGCCGCUCUCCCCGCCAGCGCAGCGGGUCACGGGCACGCACAUGGACGCGCAGAGCAGCUUCGAGUUCGGCCUGCCCUCCUCGCACACAUCAACACCAUCGCACUCUCGCU